UCACUGUAUUGAUUGUAAUAAACCUACUGUAACCGUUACUGAUCUUAGAAUGGUCCAGUCAGAGAAGCAGCCACCAUAACAGCACUCAACUCCAUAUCAGUUGAUCUAAUGUCAGUUGAGGACAGUAGUGACAUAAACUUUGCACCAGGCUCAAGUAUGCCUUCAGAAACACAUGCAUGUAGUGGAACAGAGUCAGAGUGUGAGGCAGAGCAUAGGACCGGUGGCAUGAGACAGGACCCUCAUGAUCCCCUCUCAAUGACUGACCUACAACCUGACAUGGAUGCUAAAGGAACUACCACAAAAGCUGAGGCAAUGCUUACGAUCAUGAGCCAUGUAGCAAAGCAUAAAAUAACUAGUUGCCAGUUACAUGAUCUACUGCAGUUGAUAAAUAAAUUGUUUGGGCAAGAGGUUGUACCUCGAUCAAAGUAUCUUUUCAACAGAGUGUUUAAAAACAGUUGUGAGAAUGCUGAAUUCCAAUUCUACUGUGAAACUUGUAACUCAAACAUUGGAACAGUCCAGGAAAUCAGUGACAGGCAAAUUAAUGAAUGUGGAUCAUGUGGCAACACUUUUGAUUUUGGGUCUAUAAAUGGUGGUAACUUCUUUGUCAAUGUUCCUCUUGCCACACAAAUCCAGACUCUGCUUGAAAGCACAGAAGUGAGUACGCAUGUGAACUAUAGGUUUGAUAGACAGAAGUGUCACAAUGAGAUGCUGUCAGACAUCUACGAUGGAGAAAUGUAUAGACAGUUGUCUGGCCCAAAUCAGAUCCUCUCAGAUCCACACAGCUUGUCAUACAUAUUCAACUCAGAUGGAAGCCCUGUCUUUAAAUCCUCAAAGUUCUCUAUAUGGCCCAUCCACAUAAUGAUCAACGAGCUACCCCCUAAGCUUAGGUUUAAGCAUGUAUUGCUGGCUGGCCUUUGGUUUGGGCCAAAAGAGCCUGUGAUGGAAAUCUUUCUUAACACUGGUGUCACAUGGCAUAAAGAAGAGUCUGUUAUUAACAGCAAAAUGGUUGGCCUUUGUUGUAGUGUUGAUUCCAAAGCAAGACCGCUAAUGCAAAACACUACCCAGUUUAAUGGAUAUUAUGGCUGUGGAUUCUGUCUGCAUCCUGGGAAGCUUGUUGAUAGGGUAGUAAAUUAUCCAGUUUCAGCAGAAGAAUAUUGUGACAGAACAAACAAGGAAAUGAUUGGGGAUACGGAACUGGCUGUAGAAAGUGGGACAAGUAUUAAGGGUGUAAAAGGUCCCUCUCCCUUAAUCAACUUGCCGUACUUUGAUGUUGUCUGGGGUUUUGUCCAUGACUACAUGCACGCAGUUUUACUGGGGUAUUCAAGACAGAUGACUAGACUCCUUGUUGAUACUUCUUCAUCCACUCAGCCAUAUUAUGUAGGCAGGCCUGCCACUUUGAGAGACAUUGAUGCCAGAAUUGUUGAUAUUAAACCUCCACAUCUGAUUACUCGACUGCCUAGAGGAUUGUCAGAUAGGGUGCACUGGAAAGCCUCAGAGUGGCGAUCCUGGCUCCUGUUCUACAGUCUACCUUGUCUUGAUGGAUUUCUUCCCAAAAAGUACUUGCAACAUAUUGGCCUACUUGUGUCAGCCAUUUAUCUCCUAUUGAAGGAUGAAAUAAAACAAUGUGAAAUCAAUAGAGCAGAGAUCCUGUUGCUUGAUUUCAUGUUCAGGUUUCAGGUGUUGUAUGGUGAGUCACAGAUGACAUUUAACACUAACCUUCUCAGUCAUCUUACCAAAUCAGUCAAGCUGUGGGGCCCAUUGUGGGCACAUUCUGCAUUUCCUUUAGAAAGUGCAAAUGGCAAACUACUGGCUUUGGUAAAAGGAACAAAAGGAGUGGCUAAUCAGAUAGUUACUAAGUUUCUUCUGUUUCAGUCAAAUCCUUACUUUUCCUCCAAGUACACAGUGAAAGAAGAGGUGUUACGCUUCUGUUCUGAUUUGAACAAGUACCCCAGGGUUAAAAAUGCUGUCAAAUGUGACAAUACUAAGCUCCUUAACAAUGGACGCGUGCAUAUUGUUACACAGGAAGAACGGGCUGCCUUCUGUGCCUCUUGCAUGUGCAUACCUGAUGAAGUUGUAGUACACAAAUGUAUGAUUAAAGGAGGUCUGGUUUAUAGUAGCAGAGACUCCGUGCAAUCUCAGAGACGAGAUGAAAGUUAUGUGAAGCUAUCAGAUGGAACAUGUGGUGUAAUUGAUAAGAUUAUUUCUUACUCUGCUGAAGACAAUGAUCACAUAGCAAUAUUAUUAACAACAUUUGAGGAGGCUUCAGCAUUUCCACUACCACAGUCUUGUGGUUUUGUUCCACACAUUUCCAUUGUGCAAUUCUUGGAAUCAUCCAAGACAGAAUUUGUUCCUGUAAGUUGCCUUCAGGGUAAAUGCAUGUGCAUCAAAGUGCAAGACAAACUAUACAUUUGCACUUUGCCAAACAUGUAUGAGAGGGACUAGAACAAAUCAUUGGCACUGCAACCUGAUGUAAAUGUUUCAGAUUAGUUUAGAUGUAUACACCUGCUGGAGCCUAAACAUGAAUUUGUCCAUAAGGUCAUGCAUGCAUAUAUCAUGCAUUGUGUGUAUCAUUUCAGUUUACCCAGCCUGUCUGAUUGUGUAUACUUUUUUGCAGACCUGCUAAAUUGAAGUUUCAAGAUGCUAUCACAUUAUAAACAUAAGUAAAAAUAUGAGUUUGUUUAUGCAUGUCAUUUUUAAAUUUACUUUUGUUGUGUUGUAAAUGCACCUAACAACUGUAUUUCAUUAAAUCAUUAAAUUAUUAACAAAAUCACUAUAGAAAAAAAAUUACCAAUAGAGACCCACAGAGCCAAUACAGUUUCCAUUAAAACCAAUACAAAUCCCUAUUAACCCAUUAAAACCAUUACAACUUCCUUAAUGAUUUCUAUGUUUUUUUUCAGCAGGGCAAUACAACCCAACACAUUAGUAGAGACCCACAAAGGCCAUCAACGUUCCCAUUAAAACCAACACAAUUCCCAUUAAACCAGUAUUUCAUUAUAAUUUCUGUAAUGUUUUCUAUUGUUAAUUAUUUAGCAGGGACAUCCCUGCUGAAAAAACCAUAGAAACCAUUACAAAAAACGAUAAUGGUUUCCAUUACAAACCCAAUAAAAACCAUUAGCCAUAAUGGCCCUGCUGAAAAAAACAUAGAAACCUAAUAGAAACCAUCACAGAAAUUCUAAUGGUUUGCAUUAGAAUACCCUUACAACCCAAUAGCUUUUUCCAUUAAAACCAUUACAAAAUUCCUUUUUGUAGUGUGUUUUGGGCAUUAUUCCACUAGGAUUUAACAUCCCACCAUUAGGAUCCAUCACACACCAGUAGACAUCAUUAUAGAUUCCAUUAAAACCAACACAAGUCCCAUUAUAACCAUUUAAAUUGGUUUCUAUUGUUUUUUUCAGCAGGGCAGGGAAGUCCAUGUGUUAUUCCUAGAAUACUGUUAGCCUACUGAAGCCAUAUGACAGCUUUGUCAGAGAAACAAAACAAAAUUUAAGUUCCACCUUAGAGAAGGUUUGAAGUUAAUAACAUCUAGGCUACUCACCAUGUCAUUGACGCCCAGCCUGAUGCUUCAACUGAUGUUAGAACUAUGACUUCAGAGGAC